GUCGCCCGUGACCGCGCAGUGAAGUGUUGGAACUUCACAGAGGAUUUAGGGGAGGACAUCGACCGUGACUAUGGCUCGGGGUACCCCAAUGACCCCAAAACGAAGGAGUGGCUGCGGAGGAACCUGCAGCCCGUGUUCGGGUUCCCAGGGCUGGUGCGGUUCAGCUGGGGCACAGCGCAGGAACUGCUGCGGCGCGAGGGGGUCCCUGUCACCUGGGCCGACGAGGACCCAUCCCAGGACCCCUCUGCCCCCCCCUCAGUGCUCUCCUAUUUUACCCGGAGCACCCCCCGACGCUCCCCCCACCGCUUCUUCCAGGAGCGCAGCCUGAAGGCCCUGGCUGAGCUGUGAAUCCCCCCGCCCCAAAAAAACACCCCCCACCUUCCCAAAGACGCCCGUCCUCAAUAAAACAGUGCUUUUCUUAAAAAA